AUGUUGCCGAACGGUGUGAUGUGUAGCUCCACUAGAGCAUUUAUCAUCCCACGGAAGCAGCAGCAGUUUGGUCCAGAACAAGGAUCAUUUCGAUGGGUUUCGUGGCUUGUGUAUCUGUUCCGUGUGUGUUUGAUCAUAAGCGAGUUAUAUGGAGACGCGGACUACUCACGUUCGAGUCGAAUUACCUCAGCAAUGGCUGAAUAUAUGGCUCGAUCAUUGGCAGUUUAA